AUGGCACAACCACCCAACCAACCAACAGGGACCGCCAGCCGCCAGGCAGUGAUGGAGAGGAUGGAGCGGGUGGACGGUGGAGAAUGGGGUUCUGCUGCAGCAGGCCUGGGUUCCGGGGAGUUGGGUUCUGCCUGGUCUGCAAUCAAAGAUGCCUGUUGUGGUUGCUUUUCGUUCGAUGCUCGUCGUCGUCCCUUGGGUGUUUCGAGCUCGAUCGUCCUGACAAAUCUCAUGUCAUCGCUGGUUUGGCGGUAUUGGUAUCGCAAAGUACCAUACGAUAUGGUACAGCUUGUAGUCAAUGGCUUGCAUAAUCCCCCAUUGAGCCAAUAG